AUGGCUAAAUACCAUUCGCUAGAAACGACAGAUGAAGAUCUCAAGGCCAAAUGGGUGAGUGAAAAAUAUUUCUCAGGUGUAUAUGUACCUGCAAAUCAUAUGGUGUUAAAUCUCGGCAGUAAUUUUUGCCGUAAAUCGAGGAAAGUGAGGGCCAAUUGAUUGUUGUUGUCAUGAGGAUCAUCCGAGCCGCCAGAUCGCGGUGACCUCUGUGUUUUUCUUUAUCUGAGAUAAAAUUUUGCGAACAACAAAAAAGUUAACACCUCGCUGAUUUUGAAGUGCGUUAAGUCCACUAAUAUACAGUAGGAUAAAUAUAGGAAGCCUAAAAUCGUUGCUCUUGAAGACCCACGAGUCGAUAUUAAAGCUGAAACGAUGCGUGAAACGAGUUGAAUCUCGAGAAAAAUUUCGAUUCCGGCCGGCGACAGACGACACAAGAAACUAUUCAUGGCUAAUUUUACCUCGAAUCCCCGCCUUGAUUGCAAUGAAAUACAAAGUCGAUCGGCACUUAUGACAUUCCCAUGAAAUAUCGAAGUUUCGGUUGGUAUAGUUUUGACACAUUCUCAGUUACGUCCUAUAUGGUAUUUUCGUAUUCGACACAUGUAAACAGAGGCUCAGAUGUUUGUCUUUCAUUUGCAUAACAGCGAAAUGCGAUAGCAACGAAGUUUACUUUUUCUUCGUUUCAUUUCAUUGUUUUCUCUCCGAGCUCUAGUUAUGAUUUUUUUUCUUUAUUUCUUCUCAUGAUGAAAACUGUCAAAACAAGUCUUCCCUGACAAUCUUAGCUUUUUGGACGAUUUCUCUUAAGAUUUGCAUAUCGUUUAUUCAAAAAUUAAUGAGUGUCGUAUAAAUGACAAAUCUAUUACUAAAACCACUUGCACACCGCUUCAGGCAACCUAGUCUUGGGACUGGCUAUGUGGUCGGGUACAGGACCGUUGGCCAUUAACUAUCCAAUAGGCCAAAAUAUCAGAUAUUCGGUGAAUUUAGUUAUCUAUGCUUGAUUUGACGGUUAUUGCGUGACGCCGUCAAUUUCGUGUAUGCCAUAAGCACGCAUACAAAGGACAUAUCUGCAUCACGCCAUGCGGGUAAAAAAAGACGGGAGCAGGAAAAACAAUUACAGUGAUAUCUUUAAGUUGCGAGUUCGUGUAAGCGCGUGUUAACCGCAAAAAUUACCUGCCAAGUUAUUACUAAGACUCACGUUUUAGAUUGAAAUAAAGAAUAAAGAUUUGUUUUUCUUCACAGAAAAAAUCUAAACAAAUAUUAGCUUAUGAAAUUGAGAAAAACGAUCUAAGGAAAGAACUAUGUCUAUUGAAAAACAAAGCAUAUAACCUGCGAACUUUCUCGACCUUCGCCGCCAUCUUGGAAAUUUUGCAUCCACAAUGCAUCGCAAUCGUAGUGCGCACACCAGUUAAAAAAUGUUCCCACAUUUCAGGAGCUUAAGGCAAAUCCACCCCUUAAACAAUUUAUUUAGUUAAACAAACAGCAAUAGAACAGCGAAAUUGGACGGAAACUAUGAUCCGCUCGCACGGAGAAGGAACUUGGAUUAACGUUCGAAACUUUGAAAAUGCACUGACGUGGUCGGCAAAAUCUUAUUUACACCUAAACAUUACUGCUUUCCAAUAGAACUCAGUUCCUUUGAGACUAAAUUUCAGGGGCAGGCUUUCCAAAAUUUUACACACCUACAACGCAUAUAUUUGUAACUUAAAACGCAACAAGUGUCGCCGAUCAAACAUGUUUAUUAAGAGGAAAUUUGCUGAUAUAACUUAUGCAAUAAAAAUUUAAUUCGCAUUGAAAAACAAACAAAGAAAACAAACCAAAUUACAUACGCCAAGCAGACGGUGAAUAAAAUGACAAGGAAUACGUUCUGCAAGCUAACAAAAUCGAUUGCGGCAAAAGUUUAUAAGAAACAAUAAAACCAAACUACUAGAGUAAUUUACCAUUUUCCCAUAGACCAUAAUGCACCUUGUUUACCCCCUAAAAUCACAGUCGUCCCGAGAGAAAAAUUUGUUGAGAUAUACAAGGCACAUUAUGGUCUAUUAUAUGAAAAUGGCCACAGCGUAUUGCAUUCGGGGCUAUUUGAGACUCAUCGCGACGGCUUCAACUUCUUUAGUAAUAUUUCAUGCAAUUUCCUGAUGUUCCUAUGAUUUCUUCCCCAAGAUGGUUAACUUUUAACGUUUAAAAGACCCUCUGAAUGAAAGAGACAAAAACAAAUCAGAGAUGUCAGCAGUAGGAACAAUUGAGGGGAUCCCCUUGCUAUGAUGGGUAGCUGACUCUACAACAAUAAGAAGUGAUGGGAUGAGCGCUAGGUGAUGACCCAUUUUAAUGUUACUUGUUCCAGAUUUUGGAUUAUUGCAAAACCAGCUAAGGAAAAAAUAUCAUAGAAGCUUUCAAGGAGUUGUUUAUUAAUGUAACAGUGCAAGGGCAGAAACAUCUCGGGGCGGUGAUAGGCUCACGAUCGGAUAGUAUUUAAAGGAAUAUAUCAGCGAAAUUUUGCCCAGUUGUGUAAAUGAAGUUGCUUAUAUAAGUUAGUAGAUUAUUUGCUCUAUUUCAAUCGUUCAACAAAUCGUGUCUCAUUCGCGUCAGCUAGAUCUGGCGGUGGAAAAGGGUCAUCGGCGUGGCCCUCAGUGCUUCCUGUUCUAUUCUGCGACUCUGUUAAACUACGCUAUGACUUGGCAGUGGGUGAUAUCCCCUCCAACUGUGUUUUAGGGGAACUUUUUUAACGUAAGCCACUCUAUGGUUUACAAAGUGGGAGGUUUUGUUAUACUCAGCGCCACAACGAGAUAAGAGAUCUCUGGAAGGCAAACCUCUGACUACGGUAUGCAGUGAUGUUGAAACUGAGCCAGUCCUCCGAAAAAUCUAUGGAGAACAGCUAAGUAGAGGAAACAGAUACAAUGUAAAGCACAACAGAUGCGAGAUUGGAGUGUCCAUGCAAACGGGUUCUGGGAGCACCAACGAUCGUGAUUCUUUGCAGGUUAGGGUCUGUCACCCAAAUGCUAAAUAAGGACGAUCUAGAACUGCAACAGAUCUAUCGUAAGCAUGAAAACGAGAAUACCGUAUUUAUUCGAAUAAGCGCCCACUCUCAAGGUCCAAAAAUUUAAUAAGCGCCCAAGGCGGUUAAUCGAAUAUAUACGGUACUAAGCGUCUGUAUUCAAGGAGCGGUCUUGACAUUGGGCUUGGGACAUGUACACUUUGUUGUUUUUUUUUUUUUUACAAUAACUGGCGGGUAAAGAAUAAGAAAGGAAAGUAUUUUGGCACUUCAUUCGACUGGUCUAUUAUAUGAAAAUGGCCACAGCGUAUUGCAUUCGGGGCUAUUUGAGACUCAUCGCGACGGCUUCAACUUCUUUAGUAAUAUUUCAUGCAAUUUCCUGAUGUUCCUAUGAUUUCUUCCCCAAGAUGGUUAACUUUUAACGUUUAAAAGACCCUCUGAAUGAAAGAGACAAAAACAAAUCAGAGAUGUCAGCAGUAGGAACAAUUGAGGGGAUCCCCUUGCUAUGAUGGGUAGCUGACUCUACAACAAUAAGAAGUGAUGGGAUGAGCGCUAGGUGAUGACCCUUUUAAUGUUACUUGUUCCAGAUUUUGGAUUAUUGCAAAACCAGCUAAGGAAAAAAUAUCAUAGAAGCAUUCAAGGAGUUGUUUAUUAAUGUAACAGUGCAAGGGCAGAAACAUCUCGGGGCGGUGAUAGGCUCACGAUCGGAUAGUAUUUAAAGGAAUAUAUCAGCGAAAUUUUGCCAGUUGUGUAAAUGAAGUUGCUUAUAUAAGUUAGUAGAUUAUUUGCUCUAUUUCAAUCGUUCAACAAAUCGUGUCUCAUUCGCGUCAGCUAGAUCUGGCGGUGGAAAAGGGUCAUCGGCGUGGCCCUCAGUGCUUCCUGUUCUAUUCUGCGACUCUGUUAAACUACGCUAUGACUUGGCAGUGGGUGGUAUCCCCUCCAACUGUGUUUUAGGGGAACUUUUUUGACGUAAGCCACUCUAUGGUUUACAAAGUGGGAGGUUUUGUUAUACUCAGCGCCACAACGAGAUAAGAGAUCUCUGGAAGGCAAACCUCUGACUACGGUAUGCAGUGAUGUUGAAACUGAGCCAGUCCUCCGAAAAAUCUAUGGAGAACAGCUAAGUAGAGGAAACAGAUACAAUGUAAAGCACAACAGAUGCGAGAUUGGAGUGUCCAUGCAAACGGGUUCUGGGAGCACCAACGAUCGUGAUUCUUUGCAGGUUAGGGUCUGUCACCCAAAUGCUAAAUAAGAACAAUCUAGAACUGCAACAGAUCUUUCGUAAGCAUGAAAACGAGAAUACCGUAUUUAUUCGAAUAAGCGCCCACUCUCAAGGUCCAAAAAUUUAAUAAGCGCCCAAGGCGGUUAAUCGAAUAAAUACGGUACUAAGCGUCUGUAUUCAAGGAGAGGUCUUGACAUUGAGCUUGGGACAUGUACCCUUUGUUUUUUUUUUACAAUAACUGGCGGUUAAAGAAUAAGAAAGGAAAGUAUUUUGGCCCGUUCCCGUCCUCUCCACAGCUCCUUUACUUCCUAUCAAAGGUUUAAAAAGCUGGUACUCUCCUUGGAGUUGUCGCUGAAGUACUUUUUACGCGAUCGUUACGUUUUGUUGAGGAUUAUUGAUUCCACAGAAAAGUAUAUUCGUCACAGAGUUUCCGACACGAGUCUCCCAUAAAACUGCACACCAGCAUGGAUAAUACUUAGUCAAAUAGUUAGUCAAAUAUAUGUACAUCCACAAUUUCUCAAUUGUCGUUCUUUUGUUGUCUUCAAGAGCAAUAAUAAGGGGUGACUAUAUACAUGACAGAUAAUUAGCACCGCCUUGGGGUCCGUGUAAACACUUCAUUCGACUGCAACAGCGUUAUAAAUCCAACUUUGAUGGAUGUACAAAUGAAAGGUUGGUGUUGGAUUUAUUUAACGACGCUUCCUAUCGAUACUGAUAUUGUAGCGUUUGAUUCAUUAAGUUGAUUCUAAUUAACAUUCGAAAUAUUUUUGGUGUUUUUGCCUUGCUAAAACUGUCAAAAUGAGCAUGUCUUGCACUUCAAAAAGUUUGAACAUCCCAUUGGUCAAGCACAAAUAGUUUUCUAGGCGUCACAACAUUUUCUUGUACUUUCUAGAGUUACGUCACUACUAAUUACGAUCUGUGAAGCGAGACUACUCUGCAUUGCAAAUUCUGUUUUCAAGCUUCGUUUUAUAAAUUCCACCCAAAUUACCAUUCUCGCCCUGGCGGUUAGGAUUAUAAACUCGUGAUCUGAGAUAGCGGAUUAUUUGUUGAAGAUUCAGCGAAGCUUUUUCGAUCUCGGCAAACAAAAUGGUAAGCAUUGCGGCAAUAUCUUUUGUCUACUCUCUCACAUAGUGUUAAAGUAAUAACGUAGUUUUAAGUUUGAGAGCGUUUUCAUAUAUUGUUCAUUUCGUUUCAAAUGUGAAUGUAAAACAGACAACAUUAUUUAAUGUAUCCAAAAAUUUAACCCGGGACUCAAAUCGAUCGAUCGUUUAGAUGCGUAUCCAAAUUAACGGACUAAGAAAUACUUAGCAAACCCACGGUUAGUUGUUAUUUUACCUGUCGGUUCCUUUAGAAACUUGCAAACGGCUUAUGUAUAUGACACACCGGGAUAUGCUUACAUGGUGACAUUAAACAAGCCGUGUGUUAUUGCUUCGAAAUUUCAAAGAGAAAUGCCGUAAAGUUCUCUAAUUUUCGAUCAAUGCGUUCAAAUUUCGCCCGAAAAAUUUUGCUCGAAGUUUCUACAGAAAAGGGCGUAUGAUCUCUUGCCAAUAGCACCGCUCCGAUGCUGCAACGCUUCGAAUAUUUUAACAGAACGUAUAGAACAUUGUCAGUCAUUCGUCAGUUAUUUUUGUUGGCACUUUACAUUUCUCCACUCUUUCACAGCAAGACUAAAAUCAGAAUUCUAAGUUGAUAUUUAGAUUGGGUAAACUUACUUUAUUUCGCGCAAACUGUAGAGAAGUCAAUACAACACUUAAUGGUGUAGUCCUCGAAUAUUGUUUACACUAUUUUGGCAUCGGAUGUCACACAAGGGUGGUUUUCAAAAGUUUUAAAACUCCGUCAACAUAAUUGCUUUGUUUUGGGGAUGACUACGCUAACGGAGCAGAAAAAACCAAUCUAGGAAGUAUGUGUUUUUCGUUCGAUGAACUAUUUUUUCGCUCCAAAAAGAAAAUAACUGCAAAUUAUUGACGGCACAUACUUUAUUAUAAAUUGUGGUAGAAGCCUAGAGCCAUUUGAGGACGUUGCUAUCACACUUUCUUCUAAUAACAUUUACCUUCUCGUGCUGAUUUGAUAAAUAUUUGUAAUAGGUGAAUGAGUAAAAUAUUUAAAUAUGAAUGACCAGUAUUUGAAGGCUUUUUAACACCUUGACAUUUAAUUGUCAGCGGAGAAAUAAGGUGGGCCUAGAGAUCGUCAUUGUGAAUUAAUUGCAAACGCAGAACAAUAUUUUUAACUUGAAAUUAAACAAAAAAUGAUAUCAAACCUAAAGUUUAGAAAAGCCUAUUAAUAAAGGUCUUAUUUCCUCGAAUAAGCGCCCACCCCCAAAGCCAUAAGAGCCCUUUCCAAGUAGGAGCUAUUCACCCCUCCCCUCCCCCUCAAUUUCGUACAAGAAAAAUCAAUUUCUAAAGCGUAUGGACUAUGGUAUGCUUGAUAAGCAAGCACUGUUUUAAGAAACGAACGACUUUAAUAUUGAUUUUAGGUUUACAUCAAUGAUGGUGUAGUUUUUUGUUUUUUUUUUUUUUUUAUUAUUAUUAUUAUUAUUAUUAUUAUUAUUAUUAUUAUUAUUAUUAUUAUUAUUAUUAUUUAACAAUUUGACCUUUUAAACAGUUCAUCGUUUUAGCUGAAAUUUGAGAUAAGCGGGCGCACAUUCCAGAGAGAAACAGGACAAAACCUUAAAUCUAAUAAUUAAAAGUACACCUCCUAAAAAACACUUAAAUCAAUUUUCGUCUUGCGGCUGAUGUUUGAGUUUUAAGCGGGCGCACAUUUCAGAGAGGAAAAGAAAUAGGACAAAACCAUUAAAUCAAAUAAUUAUGAAAAGUAAACAUCAAUGAUAAAAAAAACUUAAAUCAUGUUUUAUUCCGUGAAAUGCUUUGGCAUUGUUGUGAUGUUUUGCCUUUUUAUUUUUCAUCUCAAAAUGAUAGGAAUUCUUUUGAAUUUCUUUCAGGUCCACAAAAAACAGAAACAAAAGAAACGGGCCAUUCCACUCAAUUAACUAUGAUACAACUGACUAGCUCCAACGAAGGAAUAUUGGGACACUUAACACAAGAAACCCGCCCAUUCCACAUCACUUCUAGGAAAUGUCUUUUAAGCGCUGUUAACACUUUACUGUACAUCUCUAGCAAAUUAUCGGAAAAGUGGUUUUUACCACUUAAUUUGCGGGAAUGAUAUAUACAUUUUUUAAUUUCUCGAAAGGAUUUUUAACUACAGUCUGUCCCAAAGAUAUGUGCCCUCUAUUGCAGAUAUCUUAGAAAAGCAGGCACACCCAGUGGCCUAAUGCUUUACCGUCAAGUUAUUAAGGCAAAAAAUUUAAAUUUGUUGUGUAAUUUUUGAAGAAUUGGGGCGCUAAUUAACCACUCUGAGAGCGAAGCCUCUUUUUUUUCUUCUUGGGUGAGGAGGAGGAGAAGCGGCGGCUCUGCCCGAAUCGUUUCUAACCUUUAAAUUCGACGAAGCCUAUGAUUCUGGAUUAGUCGAUCUUGUUCUUUAUCGUUCAAACUGAAUUUCCGAGUGCAAGUAUCUGUCACUUGAUAAAUUGGUGAUUAUAGCUGAGCCCGCUGUACCUGGCACACGGCAUUUAGGCCUGCGUCUAAAGCUGUAUCCCAGCAAUAAGCAUGCAUACUCAACAAAUAUUUUGCUCAAUUCAUUCAGUGUCUUUCUCAAGUACGCCAAAUCGAGGAAAUGAAAGAAAGUCUUCGCUAGCAGGGUGCUAAUUUACCUGCUUUCAUCAUCGCCACACGCUUUAUUUAAUUAUAAACCUUGGUAAUUAAUGAUGAUUAGGGGUAAAAAGAACAGAAGUUUUUACAUACAAUUUUUGCUUUGUGCUGUUGCUUAAUCAACUGAUCUCAAGUGUUUUGUGUGUGAGAGAGUUUGAAAUAACUUCUUGUGUACUUUGAAUCAGAUUUUCGAGAGGCAUUCGAACUUUUUGAUCAUGACGGCAGCGGUUUCAUCACCACUGACGAGAUUGGAGUUGUCAUGAGGAGACUGGGACAGAAUCCUUCUCCCCAGGAACUGGAAGACAUGAUAAGAGAUGUCGAUGCUGAUGGUGAGCAUGCGCAUUCUUAAGCGAGGCUAGGGCUCCUUUCAAACGUUGCGCUACUGCCGUGUUGAACUCAAAUGAAUUUGACUCGGUAGUUGCACGGCAAUAGCACGGGAGUGGUUUAAAACGUGGAAUUUAAUUCAGUCGCGCCAAAUUCAAAAUAAAGAAAACGUCAAAACAAACGUUCCAUCCAGCGCCCACGGUCAGCUACAGUAUGCGCAGUCAGGCGCAGUAGAGUCAAAACACUCAAACAUAUAGAUUUUCAUAACUUAUGAAUUAACUGAGUUCGGCCCGACAAACGCGCGACGUUUGAAACCGAGCCGUGCCACUGCCGUGUAGCACGGCAGACCCUGUCGAAUUUAAUUGCUGUGUCGAACUAAAUUCACGUUUGCUGAACUGAAUGAUUUCAAACGCUGCGCCACUGCCGUGCCAAAGUCUAAUUAAUUCUAUCAAGUGGGUUCGACACGGCAGUAGCACGACGUUUGAAACAGGCCUUAGUCUACAAGGGAGUCUGUUCAAGUUUUCAGAUCACACUUGAACGAUGUAACGAUGAGCGUGAAACAGAGCAGUGGUCACAGGGUCUUAAGCCACUUAACUCAAUUGAAAAAUCGAAAGGCAAACAUAUGCGAUUACAGGUGUCGACAUUACCAAAGUAGAGCCGAUUAAUGUCGCAAUUUUAUUUGAUUUUGAGGGUGCUUACUAGCCGCCCUGAAGUCCAAUAGGCCAAUUCCGAGUUCCAAAACCCUCGCUUUCAAAAUGAGGCCAAAUGCACAACCUUUCUCGAGAAAAUAAGUUACGUUUGCUUGAGAAUGAAAAAUCUCUUUCAUAUCAAAGGCUGAACACCUAACCUCGUUUUGAUACAAAGGCUCAAGGGAACUCGGAAAUGACCUAUUGUAGAGAGAGUCCCUCCUCUUAAAUAGUACGCAAAAUAUUGCCACCAUUUUGGAACACUCAGGUAGUGACGUCCUCUGAUUCCAUGGCCGUUUUCUGGCUCUAGCUUAGCUCACUACUGUAAUUCCAUUUUCAGGCAGUGGACACAUAGACUUCAAUGAGUUCCUGGUCAUGAUGUCCCAGACAAAACAAAAGACCGGAGAGCUGGAACUUCGCCAGGCCUUCCGUCUUUUUGACGCAGAUAAUGAUGGGUUUAUAACAUUUGAUGACCUGAAGAGGGUGAUGCGUAACUGUGGAGAGAACCUGAGUGAUUCCGAGCUUAAACAUAUGUUCACCAAGGCAGAUGUCAAUAAUGAUAAUCGGGUUGACAUGAAAGGUAAAUGGCUACUCGUCACUUCUUGUGCAUGCAGUCAUUUAAGGCUGAAACUUGGGCUCCCGGCUGAUAUAAACAAAAUAAUUUUUUGUUUUCCGUGUAAUUUCUGCCAGCCAACGUUCUUUAAGCUGAUCGAGUCGCAUUAAACAUGAUUUAAGGAUACAAUUUAAGAAAAUGAGCGAAGUUUCCGAAGGUAAAAAACCCGAACUUUUGGCGCCUGGAAGUAACGGCGCAAGAAAGAACGGGCCGCGCGAGGGAGACACGCGAUGGGAGAUGGAGCGCCUGCCUGAGAGGCCCAUGAAAAUAGUUUUUACUCGCUUUUUGAGUGUGCAGAAAAUUCCUAUUGGUUAAGAGACUCCCGAGGGGGAUAAAUUUUCGCGUUGGGCGAAAAAAUUCCCCUCGCACGUCUUCCUCGCGCACCCCGUUCUUUCUUGCACUUAUAUCUUCCAUUUGUUUCUAUAUGUCACAAUUGUAAGCGUGUUUUACGAGGUGGAACGGUAAAUAAUAGUGGUAUAACCUUUGUUUUGUUUGUUUUAUGCCCUUGCAGAGUUCACAAGGAUUGUCAGCAGUGAUUAGAUGGAGUUAGCCUUCGUUACUUUUCAAUGAAGGCGAAUUAUUUUUUUCUACUCACCUCAAGUGAAUUGUUGUAGAUUAUUAUUCAAGUGGAAGCAUGCAUCUUCUUUUUCUAUUUGUCAUAUUUUUGCUGUGAAUCGAUAUUAAGUCGUCAUUUUAGUUUUUUUGUCCCACGCCCCCAUACAAUAAUCAUUAUGGUUCCAAUAAAUAAAGGUUUGUUUAACUUGGGAUGUCAUGAUAGCCUUUUGUUGAAGUCAUUCUCGGCGUCAUAAAGGAAUAAAAGUCGCCAAGAGUCCCACUAAGGUUCUUGCAGUCACUAAUGAAAGAAAUCGUUUGUGAAUCUAAUCAAAUAAUGCAUUCUGUUGCGCCAACCCUGAACCCCCAACCCCCUUACCCGCCGUCAGAUGAAGACAUUAAGGGCUUUAAGAUCCGACGAAGCGGACGGCAACGAGAACGUAAAAAAAAACGGUUUUAUAAGUAAAACAACAACUUUACACGUUCAUCACGCUUUUUUGUAUAUUCCUUUGCCCGUUUUUGCACGACUACGACGUGAAAAAUACAUAAUUUCGCGUUUUAUGGAGGACAUAAACAAGCAACGACGAAAUUUUAUUUCUCUUUUUGAACUUGGAUAUGGUCCCUAGGAAUUCAAUUUCAGGAGGAUUCGCCUACAUUUGACAAAGCAAGUUUGUAGGAAUAAUACAAUAAAGACUAAAAGAAAGCAAUUUUCCUUUCUAAGCGAAGUUCUCGUUUCCCUCGCGUCGUUGGAUCUUAACCCGUUGACUCCUGAGUUUUUCUGUCAUAUUGCUUCAGUUUUGCAUACAUACACUAAAUAACAUCUCAAAAGUUCCCUUUGAGGUAAAAGUGCCUAUAACCGUACAUAUUUAGAAAGUAGACAUAUCAGGGUUUCAAAAUAUAUAUAUGUAUUAACUUAAAGUUUCUUUGGAGAGCUUUUUGCCUUUAGCAGUCUCUUACAAUUGACACUGUCCAUUUUGUGGCCACCGAAGCGCCCGCUUGCUCUCUUUCUUCGAUAUUUUCUUGACCACCACACCGUGUAUCUGCAUGCUCAAGCUCUGAAUUGUUGCCAGUAUCUUCGUCCAUUUAAUCGGACUAAUCUUCACCUAACCUGGAUCAUGGCUAAAAUCAGGUGCUGCGAAUAUAGUUCGAUCAACUCCAUUCGUGUCUGACGCCAUUUUUAAAUGUUAUCAUCAGCACAGCGAGGAAAUAUUGCCAAAACGUUAGUCGAAAAUGGCGAAAAACCGAUUGAAAUGGAAUAAUACCAUAAACAACUUCAUAUAAGAAUCAUAAAGUGUCAUUUGACAAAAUAUGGAGCCUUUCGGAGCCUUUUUUAGGACAAAACGUACACCUUAUUUGGAAGCGCGCCAAAAAGCGCGCUCAGGGGUCAAAGGGUUUUAAAGCCUAUUGUAGCCUGUCACUAUCCUACGAUUCUAGAACAUUCAAAAGCAGUGUUAUUUGCUAGUAGUCUUGGACACUAUACACCCGUUUGUAAAUUUAUUCGCAAAGACAACCGGAAGUAGUUUUAGACUAUCAAUUUUUUUAAGUAAUACCGGAACUUUUUAUUAGAUUUAAUUAAUGCAAGUUAUUACUUUUUUUCAUUGCCUAGUCUUGGUUUGCUUGUUUCCAUAAAAUUGUAAAUUAGAAGAAUCUUUUCUUUUUAUAUCUUUAUAUUUAUUAUCAUUAUUAUUUAAUAGCUGUUUCUAAUUACAUGACUGAGAUCGAUUGCCAUUUAUAUCAAGCUGUCACUUGGUGACAGUUAUGAUGUUCAAUUUCUUUUCAACCUUCACGUUCUUGCAAUCCGGCAAGGCUAUUAACAGACACUGAUUCAUUUACGCCUUUGAUAGACACAGGACCUUCUUCAAUAUGGUAAGUCUAUACGCACUUGUUAAACAAUAGCCAUUGCUCUUCAGUACGGUACUGGUUUUUCCGCUUCUGAGUUCAAUUUUGCCCCACUUUGAUUUGCACAUUUGGAAGGCAAUCUGUGAUGGUUUUCGCUCAAAAGAAAGUAGUCUUACAUUCUGUCGGUUGUGCUAUUAUUGCACAACGAAUAAUUAAAGGGGUCUCCAACAUCGAAGUUUUCGCAUUUUUUCGUCCAAAGACAUAAACGAAGCCUUUCCUUCCUUCCGAGAAUAAAAAAAUGUUGCUUAUCUCCAGGUCGUGUUUAAAAAUGUUGGGCAAAUGAAUUUUUAGGAACGCCAAUACGUAAGGGCUUAUUUGGAAGCAUUACUUUUUCUAUUUCUCCCUCUCUCGGUUUCACAAUUUAGUGCGGGUUUAAUGGUAUAGGAACGCUCUCUUUAAAGUGGUAUAAAAUAUCGCUUGAACGUUUCAUGUGUUUUAAGUUCCGUCAGUGAUUAUUCUGAACUGAGACCCAGCGAGCCAAAGAGGUUAAAAAAUAUCUGUUUAACAAAAAUGGCUAUUUAUGCAGAUCAUAACACUAAAUAAAUCUUCAAAGUUUUACAAACUGCCGAGUCAAAUUCGUAAAGUGCAUUUGCAAGUAUAAACAUCAAAUCUUUGUAAUAAAAAGAGUGCGAUUCUUGUCGAAGAAUUGUCCACAAAAAUGGCUUAUUUUCAUCGCUUUAUUUACAGUGCAGUUACGAUCAUUCUGAACAUGUUCUGUCGUCUGGUUUGAAUGAUAUAUUGAGUAAAAAUCAAAAAUCCUGCCUGACCAAAACAGAUUAACUGCUUCUAAGUAUACUUUCUUGCUUUUGAUAAUAUAAACUAGAGAUCCAUUCCACAAAAACAAAACAAAUGCAAACGCGAACAUCCCGCUCGUCGCACGGGGUCUGUCCCUGUUCCACGAGCGUGACACACGCAAAGAAUUCACCUUUCGCACAAGGGCCAAAGGCAUCAACCGAACGGUGAAUUAGCCUUAAUUUUCAGGCCCCAUAAACUAAUUGCAUUACUCAAUGGAUAGUGAUUUAUCCAGUGGAUAGCGCUAUCUACCUUUUGAACAACUCAGGUCAGGUGUGGAAACUGUUGCACGGAAUAGAUAAGAUCUGUUACGAAAUUCCUAAUUCCAGUCUUUUCAAGUUCCCUUCCUCGUCUUACUGUCUAAAUUAAUUUACCAAUCAAUUUAUCUAGUAUCUAUCUAUUCAUCUAUCCAUCCAUCCAUCCAUCCAUCCAUCCAUCCAUCCAUCCAUCCAUCCAUCCAUCCAUCCAUUCAUUCAUUCAUUCAUUCAUUCAUUCAUUCAUUCAUUCGUUCGUUCGUUCGUUCGUUCAUUCAUUCAUUCAUUUAUUUAUUCAAUCAUUUAUUUAUUUGUUUGUUUGUUUGUUUAUUCAAUAAUCAAGACAUUUUUUCUUAACAUUUCGCCUUCUGCGCAUGCACUUCAGCACACUUAAACGAUCAAGUGAACUCAGACGUUUCGGGCAAUCAAGAGGAAUGUUACGGAGAGAAAAAUUUUCUUGUUUCGUUCGUAGGUCGACAAAUUUACAGAUGAAGAAAUAUCAGGUUUGGCUGAUCAUUAUUUCAUUGAUUCAUUUAUGUAUCAUUUUAAUUUAUUUAUUCACUUUUGUUGGUUUAAGGAUGUCCAUAAAAAUUAUACAAUCAAUAAACAGAUAAUGGUUAGUGAUAAAUAAAGAAUGAUGGUAAAUUUUCAGCCCGGUGGAGAAGUAGAAAUGAUGUGAUCCUAUAUAGCAGUAUGCAGGACGUAUGUCAUACAUGAACCUUGUAUAUGGCCUAGCUUGCCACGAGUCCUUCGUAGCUCAGUGGCUAGAGCAUCCGACCAGUCGAUACGGAAGGCCAUAGGUACAAUUCCUAUCGGGGACUCAGAUUUUGUCUUUUUCCCGUGUCCGUGGCAUGUUAAUCACAUCAUUUCUCAGAUAAUGGUUGCUUUUUCACCGUCCUUUCCUUAUAGAGUACAGGGAGGCUUUUCAGCUGUUUGACAAGGAUGGUGGGGGAACAAUAAGCAUAAAAGAACUCAAGCAAGUAUUUGAAGCGUUAGGACAGAGUCCAACUGAGGCGGAAGUCCAGGAAAUGAUAUCUGGCGUCGAUAAAGACGGUACGAAAAUACCGCUAACAAGGAAUAUGACGCUUAAAAAAAUGGGGAAUGAUUCUGGGGUUUACUUAAAGUUAAGGCGGUACGGAUAGCCCGCCUACAGUGGAAAUGUCUUGGGAAGUACAGGGAAUGAAUGAUAUCUGGGGUAGAUAAAUACUAUAGGUAUUAAGCUCGCUAACCAGGAGUAUUACCUUGGAAGUAUAAGGAAUGAUGGGGUGUAUAAAGGCGGUAUGGAUAGCCCGCCUGCAGGGGAAAGGACCUGGGAAGCACAGGCAAUGAAAUAUGGGGUAGCUGAGGACCGGAUACGUAUAGCCUACCAGGACUGUCUACCUUGGAAGUACAGGGAAUGGUAUUUUUGCAGUGACAUUUCGUUCCAAGCGUCUGUACGUUUCUCCAACCCUGGGAACUUCUUUUUCUAUUUUCAGUUUUAAAUAUAUAUAGACAAUUUAUUUAUGGGGAGGGGACAGAAAUAUCCGCACGAACUACAGACAAAAGACACUGCGACUGUAGUAAGUAAUAAGGCAACUGUGACUCAGUACCUACAGACGCAACAAACGCAUCCCUAAGCGAGAGCUAUGAGAAUCUGAUGAAAUACAUGAUCUUCCCGAAAAGAGGUGUUUAAUCGUCUGCAUAUUUAUGUGGCAAGCAUACAAUACCCAUUCUUAUAUUGUAUGAUUAUGACCUUUACAGGAGUUCAGGUACUUUAUACACUGAUUUAGGAACCCAUAUGGGGAGCAUGGAACCAAAUGUUUUGAGUCUGAUGUUGAAAAAAAAACUGAGUAGCGGCGAUUCGGCCCUGUUGAAUCUCCGUCAAUUUAUAGUUAAUUUCAUUUCACGACAUUGUAACAUAAAACGACUACACUAGUUCAGAGUAUGCCAGAUUAUGAGGAUAGGAUGUCUUAAUACAACGUCAAGAGUGACAAUAUUGAAAUAUUUUCCAUGAAAACAGGUUAAUUAGUUUGAGAAUUAAAGGCUGCAAUAAAAAUACAAAGCCUCGGGACACUUUGGCGUUAAAAUGUUCUCCUUCUCAGUGAAGUCUAAAGAAUAUAGGAGGCAUUAUAAUGGGGUUUGAUACCACACAUCUUCAAAACUGGGCAGGCCCUUUAGACUCGUUUCUUGAGUUAACUUUAUCAUUCAAUCAUUCCUUUCCCCAGGAAGUGGUGAGAUAGAUUUCGAUGAGUUUUUGCAGUUAAUGGCCUCCAAGCAAGCCAAUAUGACGAUGGAAGACGAGUUGAGGAAUGCGUUCAAUGUAUUUGAUAAAGAUGGCAGCGGUUACAUCUCGUCCGACGAACUCAAACAGGUCCAUAGUCUCUUUUAAAUAUUACGAAAUAGCACCAUAAGAAUCAUCACAAAUAAUCAUCAUCAUCAUCGUCAUCAUCAUCAUCACAUUAUCUUCAGGUAGACGCAAUUAUCUUGGAGGAAUGACGUAAACACAACGUCUAGCAACUUUUCUUUCUCUCAGAAUCGAAGUUGGAUACUGAUCUCAACAAUUCAACUCCAGGAAGGUUCGCCCACAAUUGACAAUAGAGUGAAUUGGGCUAGUACUAACCACGAUAAAGUCCAAACAACGCUAUAUCACUUAGUAAGAGGUUUUAGUUGGUGUUGUUAUUGCUUCAAGCUAUAGACGACUUAUUCCUGUGCUUAUUUUUUGCAUAUGGGGUUCCUCAAGUGAAAGCAGUCCCCUGUUUUUAGUGACGUAAGUACCUAGGACCCUCCCUGGAUGAGUUGCGUGACCAUCGCUGGGCUACCCACCCUCGUCCCCAGGGUCUUUAAUCUCCAAGAGGAUGAACUCUGGGAAAAAAACACCCUAGAAACGAAGUAUUAGGACCAUUCCCGGCAGAACGUUGCAGGUACUAAAUUGUGCACAAACCUUGCAUGAUGCCAAAUAAGCUCUUGGUCAGAGAAAAGGACUCCGGGGAGCCUCAACCCUUACCUACAGAACCAAAGAUGGAUGUCAACCUUAACCACCAGCCACAACCUUAAUUACGACGCAUAUUUUAGUAUCUGAAAAUCUGGAGGCAAAUACUCGGGUACAAAAAUAUCAUCUUUGGAAGGUUUUCCGGUUUUAGAGGUGUCUUCAACGCAGAGCGUCGCAAAUAAUAAAGUUGUGCUAUGAACUUUCAGGUUAUGACUAAUCUGGGUCAAUCACUGACAGACGAAGAAAUUGAUGAAAUGAUGAAGGAAGCUGAUUGCGACUCGGACGGGCAAGUCAGCUUUGAAGGUAAGUGA